GAUCAGGGCAUGCUGUCUGUGGGAUCACGGUCUGUGGGAUCACUGUCUGUGGGAUCAAGGGUGCUGUCUGUGGGAUCACUGUUUGUGGGAUCACUGUCUGCGGGAUCAGGGGUGCUGUCUGCGGGGCCGGGGUGCCCCGGGGCAGGGACUGGCGGUGCCAUCGAUGCCGUGCCCCCUCCCCAGGUCUCGUGCGGGCCGUCCGGAUCCACGGGCAGGGCCGGGAGGAGCUGUACCUGGCCCAGGGCGACUCGGUGAAGCUGGGCUGUCCCUACGUCCUGGAGCCCGAGGACCACGGCCCCCAGGGCGUGGGCAUCGAGUGGAUCCAGAUCACCCCCGAGCAGCCCGGCCCCGAGAAAGUGUUCCUGUCGUACCAGGACCACCACGUGAACUACGGCGGCGGGUCGGGGCUGCGGGACCGCGUGGCCUUCGUGCAGUCGGACCCGGGCCAGCAGGACGCGUCCAUCCGCCUCGCCGACCUGCGCGUCUCCGACACCGGCACCUACCAGUGCCGCGUCAAGAAGAACACGGUGGCCGUGCACGAGGUCAUCGUCACCGUGCAAGAGAAGCCGGCGGUCCCGCAGUGCUGGAGCGAGGGGGAGCUCAUCGAGGGGGGGUCGGUGCUGCUGCGCUGCUACAGCCGGGGGGGCACCUCCCCCCUGGCAUACCAGUGGGCAAAGCUGGCCGAGGGCUACGGGGGGGGCCGCCUGCCCUCGGGCACCAUCCAAG